AGUAACGCGCGGGUUUCAGGAGGGAACUUGUUAACGUUGCAUGAACAGAGAGAGGCCGAGGGAGGGGAUUUGCUGCUGUGCUGCUGUCGACGGACUUGAUGGCCUCGCUGGGUUGUUGCCCGGAGCUGAGGUUGGGGUUAGGGAUGUUGAAGACCCCGGUCACCCGUCAUCCAUCGGGGAAGGUCCGUCAUUCGGGAGAUGUGCGGAAUGGGGCAGCUGGUUUUGGAGUUUGGGAUCGACUUGCACUUUGGAAUUUUGGUUGGUCGUUGGCUUGUUUGGUCCGAAAGUGCUCACCACGACCUCGACUCCCUCGACUCCCUCAUGUUUCCCCCAUCAGACAAUUGAAACCAACGGUCGACUGCAUGGAAAAGGAUUUGCAAACCUCCGCUCAGGGUGGUGGUCGGGCCGUUGUGGCAUGGCAUGCAAGGCACCCGUCGGAGGAUUGGAGUUUGCCUCGCAACGUUGCUUACCUUUGUGCCUUUUCACCUGUCGGUGGGACUACCGGUAUCCGCGGUGGCGAGUUGCUCGCAUUUUUGUGCGAGAUCCUCUUCAGAAAAGUGAAAAACAAACAUGCAUUUGCCCCGCUCGGCGUCGCCAUUCCCGCCAGAAUUGAGCAGCGUCUCGCCCACGGAGUCAUGGCGGCUUCCUGCGUUCUCAACAAGAGUUGUCAAGUGGUGAUUUGUGCUCUCAUCGGGCACAUGUGGGGAAGGAAGGAUGGUGACAGGCGGGGCUUGAGAGCCCGACCCCAGGUUCAGGGGUGUCGGGUAUGGAGGUUCUGUGCUGUCGAGAGAUUUUCUCCGCCCCCUCGAUUGCAGGCCGAAGCCGGUUUCUUGUUCGGUCUCCAUCCCGUUCAUCAGGUGGUUUGUUUCUCGUCUAUUGCUCCUGGUUUGAUUCCACAGCCGCUCAAGUUGAGAUGGUGCAUGAGCGCGCGGCUGUCUCGACGAUCAGUCCCAAGGUUGGUGGUCGUACACUGGAUCGUCUGGCGUGUCUCUGGUCGGGGUUCGCCUGACCGGGAGACCGGGCAUGGCAAGGCGCUUUUUGAGGGCUUGCCCACUUUUUGUUCAGCCCACUGAGAUCAAGCUGGCGGGGCAGUCGGCGGGGCUGCUGGCGGACUCGCCGCCAUACGUAAGCAGCAGGGAGGGGUUAGCGCAGGUGACGGGCAAACACAGCGCUUGCAUCGCGGGAAGCAAGCAAAUGGGAGGCAUCGACUGCUUUUUAUGGCUCCGAGUCGGGUAAACUUGGCGGGAAACAUUCUGCUAUUUUGGCAAAUGCCAAACGCUCACUCCUGCACAUGUUGUCUUACUUUUUGCUCCUGUCUCUCCUAUUCUGAGCGAC